GUUUGUGACGAUUUUGUUGCUUGAAAAUAAAAAAAAGCGAUAAUCUGAGUGAUUUCGAGGAAUUGCAAUAAAAAUAUUUGUUCACUGCCUAGUUAACUGUAAAUAAUGUUAGAUAGUGGUUGUUGUUUAGUAUACACUGGUUUACAGAAAUGAUACAACGUUCGUUUUCUAUCCGUGCCUUUUAAUAGUGUAAUAAUUUAGUUAAAACAAACACAUGCUAACUCCAGCGGAUCUUCAUUUGUUUUCAUUAUGACAAAGCGGCGAAGAAUACUUCACGCGGACAAAAUAAUACAAAAUGUUGUUCACAUAUUUUGUUUGUUGAUGUUUCUACAGUUGAAAGGUUAUUACUCGGUAGCUAGUAAUCCCAUACUCUUAUAUUCAACUACAUCAGACAUUCGAGUAGCGAACAUUUCAAGACUAAGCAAAGCCAAUGCCAUUGUCAAAGGCUUGGAACAAGGGUCUGCUGUUGAUUUUAUUCAUAGGAAAAAUUUAAUCUGUUGGUCUGACCAGACAGCUGAACUUAUACAAUGUAUGAACUACAACGAAACUUAUUCGGGAGAAAAAAUGAGAAUAGUAUCAGAAGGACUGAUAACGCCAACUGGCAUUGCAAUAGACUGGUACACAGAAAAAAUAUAUUGGACGGACGGAGAAACCAACAGAAUAGAAGUGAUAAAUAUAGAGCAGAAGUAUAGAAAGGUGUUAUUUUGGUCCGAGGUAGACUUGGCCAGAGCUAUAGCUGUAGUUCCUAAAGAAGGAUUAAUGUUUUGGACUGACUGGGGGGAAGAGCCCAAAAUAGAAAAAGCUGGUAUGAAUGGCGACCCCAAAACACGAAAGAUAAUAGUGAAGGACGAUAUCAUUUGGCCCAACGGCAUAACCAUAGACUACAAUAACAAUCUCAUCUUUUGGGUAGACGCCAAGUUGCAUUUUAUAGACGUAAUAGACUUCAACGGGGAAAAUAGGAGACGCAUAGUAAAAGGAGGCCUUGAAUACCCUUACGCUUUAACUAUAUUCAGUGACAAAUUUUACUGGACUGACUGGAAAAAUUGGUCAAUAUAUGGAUGGGACAUGACAACAAAUGGCCCCAUAAAAUUGCUGGUCAAAUCGGACCCUGUCCCUGUUGACAUCAAGGUGUAUGACGCGAGUCGUCAGCUCAUGCCAACAGGGGACUAUCCGUGCAAGAACAAUAAUGGCGGCUGCUCGCAUCUGUGUCUUCUGUCGCCUAAUGAACCAGGUUAUGUUUGUUCCUGUCCGACUGGCACGAAGCUCAAAGAGAACAGCAACACCACUUGUUACAACAGUCCUCAGUCAUUGCUCGUUGUGGCGCAACGUUCCAUGAUAUCGAAGAUAUCACUCGACUCACCAGACUUCACACCGUACACGUUACCACUGAAAGACCUAAAGCGAGCUCUGACUGUGGAUUUUGACCCAAAGACUGAGUACAUUUACUGGGCUGAUAGCUUGGCAAAAACAAUAUCCCGGGCACGGCUAGACGGCAGCGAGCAGUCGGUAGUGAUCCACAGUACCGGCGUGCCUGACAGCAUUGCCAUCGAUCCCCUGGCCAGGAACAUCUACUGGACCGACCCUGUGACCGACACCAUCAGUGUGGCCCGACUUGACGGCAGUUCUAAAAAGGUGAUAAUCCACGAUGAGCUAUACGACCCGCGCGCCAUAGCGCUACACCCCACAGCCGGUUGGAUGUUCUGGUCGGACUGGAACGAAAAGAAGCCGAAGAUAGAACGCGCCAACCUGGACGGGACAGGGCGACUGCUGCUUGUGUCCGAGAAACUCACGUGGCCUAACGGGAUCGCUUUGGAUACGGUGAACAAUAAGCUGUAUUGGGGAGACGCUAGGACGCACAAGAUUGAGGUUUGCAACAUGGACGGCACCAACCGCAAGGAACUACACAGCAGUGACAUUUUGCAUAUCUUCGGACUGACCUUACUCGGCGAACACCUGUACUGGACCGAUAUGCAAAGGCGCUCGUUAGAUCGCAUAAAUAAAGUAACUGGUAUAGAAAGACAGCCAGUAGUAGAACAAUUGGCCAAUAUGAUGGGCGUGAAAGCAUUCCGAGUGGGCGAGCCGCUCGGGCACAAUCCGUGCGUGGAUGAGAACGGAGGUUGCUCGCAUCUGUGCUUCAAUAGGCCCAAGGAUUACGUGUGCAGUUGUCCUCUAGGUCUGGAAUUGGGCAGUGACAGAAAGAGUUGCACGGAGCCAGAAGCUUUUCUUGUGUACAGUCGCAAAAACGUCAUCGGCCGCAUCAGCGUGGAGAAUGAAAACAACGACGCGGUCUUACCCAUAAAGGACUUGAAGGAAGUGAGUGCUCUGGAAGUCCAUGUAGCAGGAUCCAAGAUAUAUUGGUCGGACAGCAAGACGAAGACAAUCAAUCGAUGUUCAAUCAACGGGUCCAAUCUGGAGAGAAUCCUGGAAUGGAUGGGAAUCGUAGAAGGUUUAGCAAUAGACUGGUCUGGUCAAAACAUCUACUGGACAGACACGGCCACGCAGCGCAUCGAAAUGGCCCGCUUAGAUGGGUCCAGUCGCCGCACGCUCAUAUGGCAGGGGCUCAAGAAACCAAAGAGCAUCGUUUUGGAUCCUAGAAAAGGUUAUAUGUACUGGUCAGAAUUGGGGUCAAAGAGCAUCAAACGGGCUGCCAUGGAUGGAUCAUCGCCUACAGUAUUCGUGGAACAAGUGGGCCGCGUGCACGCACUGGCCAUAGACUACGACAAGCGCGCGCUCUACUGGGCGGCGCUGGAUCCUCCAGCCAUAGAGUAUAUCUACCUCAACGGCACGGGCAGGAAGUUAUUAGCGGACAACAUACUCAUGCCGUACGCGCUCACUCUGUACGGAGAGAAGGUGUUCUGGGGAGAUUGGAAUACUGGUCUCAUCGAAGUAGCAAACAAGGUGGACGGCACCGACCGCAAGACGAUCCACACGUCCCUCGACUACAUAACCGACUUGAAAGUGUACCACCGCACGCGCGCGGCCGGCGCCAACCAAUGCGGCGUCGACAACGGCGGCUGCGCGCACCUCUGCCUCGUGCUGCCCGCGCGCGCCGACUACCGCUGCGCCUGCCCCACGCACCACCGCCUGGCGCGCGACAACCUCACCUGCUCAGCGAGCGCCUCCAGUGACACUGUACACAACCAGUGCGGCGUCGACAACGGCGGCUGCGCGCACCUCUGCCUCGUGCUGCCCGCGCGCGCCGACUACCGCUGCGCCUGCCCCACGCACCACCGCCUGGCGCGCGACAACCUCACCUGCUCAGGUAACAGCACCUGCUCAGCGAGCGCCUCCAGUGACACUGUACACAACCAGUGCGGCGUCGACAACGGCGGCUGCGCGCACCUCUGCCUCGUGCUGCCCGCGCGCGCCGACUACCGCUGCGCCUGCCCCACGCACCACCGCCUGGCGCGCGACAACCUCACCUGCUCAGGUAACAGCACCUGCUCAGCGAGCGCCUCCAGUGACACUGUACACAACCAGUGCGGCGUCGACAACGGCGGCUGCGCGCACCUCUGCCUCGUGCUGCCCGCGCGCGCCGACUACCGCUGCGCCUGCCCCACGCACCACCGCCUGGCGCGCGACAACCUCACCUGCUCAGAACCAGAAGAGUUUCUGCUCUUCGCACAAAAGAAUGCAGUGGGCAGGAUUAUGGUUGCCAACGGAGAGUGCAACGACGCCUUCAUCCCUUUGCUAGGACUCAAGAAUGUGAAAGCCAUCGAAUAUGAUCCUGAGAAAAAAUUGUUAUACUGGAUGGACGACGACUCCCACUCAAUACGCCGGGUCCCAAUCUCUUACUCCACAACCUCAGCUCUGACAGACUCGUUCACGGUCGUCUCUGACCUCACGCGUCCCUUCCAUAUGGUCUUGGACGUGUUGGGACGGGCCUUGUACUGGACGUGUUUGGACACGGACUCGAUUAACGCAACGUCCAUUGACAACAACUCGUCUGUAGGAGUCAUAUUGCGGGGAGAGAAUAUGAGACCGAGACAUUUGGCUUUCCACCAGACAAAAAGAUUCCUAGUAUGGAACGACGUAGGCCUAGGCGCAAUAAUGCGGUCGAACGUAGACGGCACCGACCGCGUGGAGCUGGCGCGGGCCGCCAACGCCUCCGCGCUCGCGCUCGACCAGACCACCGCCGUCGUGUACUGGGCCGUCAACCGGCAGAUACUGGCCGUCGACCUGGACACGCUCAACAAGUUAGUACACGAUACAACACGCUACACGACGCAACACGCUACAUAA